AUGGCGCAGGAUCGAUUGAAAUUGGUAAGUAUUUGGAGUCAGGUUGCUGUUCACCAGUGUUAAGAGGUUGGCACAAAGUGCUGCGGCUUCUCCGUACGAUAAGUCUAUCAAUUAUCAUUGUAUAUCUGCAGAACUAUGAGUUUUACUGCAUUAUUCUGAGCUUUGCUGAUGUGGCGGAGUAAUAACCAUAUGCAUCAUAUGGUUUUAUCAAUCUUGAACUUGUCCCACAUCUUGCCAUCAUUGUCAUUGGUACAUAAGCGCCUCCAUCAUUACGCAGAUUGAAGCAUAGCAAGGUUUUGUGUCCUACUUACUCACUUUGGAAAGAUUUUGAAUGGCCAUGCAAUACGGAAAAGUGCAUUUUAGUCUAGUCAUUUUUAGCCAUAAGAUGCUGUUAUGCUUUCGAGCCAAGAGGAAGGGUGGUUUCGGUCUGCGCCCGGCUCUUGCCUGCUUGCUCAAUAGCUCAGUUCUUUUCAGCUAAAAAUUCUUACUUCUUCUUGCCCUUCCCGUUUGGUUUCACUCCGUUGCUUUCCGUGUUUCCCCCAUCAAUCACCCACCAAAGCAUUGUUUGUGUGUAGAUUUUGUUGCAUAUUUCUCCUCAAUGGUCGAGUAUCAUAAAGUUUUUCUCGUGAAAAUUUAAAAGACUUGUUGUGAAAAUUGCGGGCCCACUUCCGUAGCAAGCGGUGCAGUAGGAGUCAUUUCCCUUGGCCUCCAAGUAUCCCAAAGCCUAGUCAAGUAUUGUUCACAAUGCAAGAGCUUUAACAAAGAUAUUAUCACGUUCAAAUCCAAAGCAGAGACUCUAAAUGCUAUUUUACAACAGCUUGGAGAUAAGCUAAAGCCCUUUGAGCAGGAAAAAUGGACUCUGCCUACCUCUGUUAUUGAAACGAUUGAAAAAUGCGAAGCCGGGUUACGAGGUCUUGACAAGGAACUUCAAAAACAUGGUAGGAACACUAUCUCGAAUCGAAUUGCAUAUCCUUUUAUCAAGGACUCUUUGACACUUGCAAAUGCAAUGUUGGAUAGUCUACAGAACAAUCUUACGCUUGCCCUUCACAAUUUCAGCGUGUAGGUCAUCCAAAAUCAUCUAGACAAUGAAAUUCAAUUUUUAAUGCUGAACAGAGACACCUACGAGCAUGUCAUCGAAUUGUCGCAAACGACCUCGCAGUACAAGACAGAAACUAUGCAGAAGCUUGAUUGCCUCACCACAAUGGUUGCGGCGAAUAAUGACAAUACGGUAUUGUACUAGUCUCCUGUCUAAAUCGCGUGUCUGAUUGUUGCAGAAAUUACUGCUUCGUUCCUUUCAGGUGUACUUGAACAAAUAGUCUUACUACAGCAGGGAGCUUGCAUAAAGCCCGAGCCAUUCCAGAACAAAAAUUUGUCCCUCAAUCCCAAAAGAAAGCCCCGAAAUAAAGUUUCUCGCCCUUCCAUAAUAUUGGAUGCUUGUCCUUGCCGAAGAGCAGAAUACACAUCUGAGUGGGAUAUAAUCUUUCAUACGGGUUACCCGAUCCUCUCAUACUUAUUCUGGCAACAAGUGUCUGAUCAUAGACGCGAUUCUCCAUGGUAUAAAUCAGGGCACCGAACCGUCGUAGUCGAAGCCAAGUUUCUACCCUACAAUGAAUUACUAAGAUAUUCAGUGGCCAUCGCCUUGUCCGUAACUAGGGGUGCAGGUAGCUUUUCCAUCAGCCCUCAUCUGAAUAUGAGCUAUGUAGUUCCUCAUUAUGCUCCAUCCUUUGAAAUUUUCUGUGGCCACGAACCAAAUUAUAAGUCUUCGUCGUGGACGUGCAGUGGAAAGAUUAAUUGGAUGCCAGCGAAAGUCUUACCUGAACCAGUUUUGAAUUUGCAGUUGACAAAGCUUCGCCUCAUGUUUCACCAACGCAAAGCCGGCGCCAAUGAUAUCACAGUUGGUGGAUUGACAUUAUUUGCUGUGAGUUCUUAUGUUAUCACAUCUUUAACUGCCAUAUUGGCUUUGAAGGCCGCAAAUAUUUGGUGGUGGUCCUUGAUGAAGGGUUACCUUUGGCGAUCUUCUUAUCUUCGCAGCGAGUUUAAAAGCAAAUACCUCCCUCGGCUUCAGAAAAAUAUACGUAUUUUGGCCAAUGUAUUGUGAGAAAGUCGGAAUUAUAAGCCAGAUACAUAGGGGUUUUUGAUUAGUCAAUUAUAUGACCUUCUGUAAUUAGAUAUAAAAGGAUAGCUUUUGUCUUUUCUUUCUAGAAUAGUUAAUCUUCUAUUAUGCAUUUGAACCUAUAUAGCUUCAACCCCAAAACCAUUGUGAAAUCCGUUUUCUGUAUAAAUGAUAUAUUACGAUAUGAUCUAAUCAGCUUUCUCUUCCAAUUCCCCCUCACAGUAUGCUAUCGGGAUGUAUGUAUCUCGAUCUACCACUUUUACAGUAUAUCGGGAAGUAAUAAGCAUAUUCAAAUCUGCUGAGUGCAAUUUUGAAGCUUGCAAAUACUACGAGUAUGAUUUCUCCUGUCCUUUUCAUAGAGCGUGUACCAUCUGCAUGCUUCGGCUCCGGAGUAAAGGACUCUCAUUGGUCUUUAUGAUGUUCGAGCAGUCCUCAACCCUUUAUCAGUGUCCCUAAUAUGAAUUGUUGUCUCUUUAAGACCAUUUACGAAAAUAAUUAAUUAUUUCUGAAAAUAUUAUGCUAAGUGCGCACAACUCAUAGGGACUACGUAAUUUCUUUUACCAGUCACGCCUCCCGGAAAAACUCGAUAUUAGCGAAUUUUACGAUACUGCGGAGACUCUUUGUGAUCUUGGCUCUCGAAUCGAUCUCACUAAUUUGCAUCUCUAUGAUGACAAUGGAUUUGGGUCGGCGCAACGCAAAAUUGAGCACUUCAUUUAUAAAACCAAACAAGCAGACGGUAUGUGUACACCAAUACCGUUAACUGGAACAAUAAUCAAUUUGGUUUCAAAGCUCUUGACGUACCGGAAGUUUUCAAAGCUAUACUGACAAGAUCAAAGUGUGAAUUGAGAAGAUUCUGUCUUGUGACGCUGCUGCGGUAAAUUUUACCCUUGAGGAUGGGACAACGCCUUUGCAUGCUUCUGAUUCUUGGCCGCUAGGUAUUGAAUUGUUACUAAAGGCCGAAGCGGAUGUUAACAAACUGGACCGCCACAUGAGGCCGCCAAUAUCCUAUGCAGUUAGGGCAAAAUGCAUGCCUUCAAUUCGAAUGCUUCUCGCUAAUGAUAGUAUGUUAGGCGAAUGCGAGUCUCCUGUUUUCACGAUGAGAAUUGAGCCUUAUGAGGACAUGGAUAUCCUCAAAAUCGUAUCAGCGGGUGUUGUGAACAGAAGACAACGUCUGUAUGAACUUGCAAUGUCCGCAUGUCAAGAAAUGCAGAUAGACAUACCUUCCUACCUCGAAAAUAGUAAAAUUCUUGAUGCCUUUGCCUGGAAGGUAACAAGGCUUCUCCUCGAUCAUGGGGUCUCCGUCCAGCCCGCACUCUUGCCCUGCCUGGUGAUGGCAAGUUGGAGUAUUUACCACGCAGAAUACUUGUCUCGAGAAGCCGCAGAGUAUCUAUACCAAGCUGGUUUUAAGAAUAUCAAUGAGUAUGACGACUAUGCAUAUACCCCAUGUAUGAGGUGUAUUUAA